AUGUCGGCCUUCCGCCCCUCGUUCCGAGUCCUCGCCGCUCAGCGCCUCGGCCAGUCGACCUCGUCGACCGCCGCUCAGGCCGCGUCGCCCGCCGCUCGCCGUCAAGCCUCGUCGGCCGCGGCAACGAUGCCGCACUCGUGGACGCCGCCACACUACUCGUUCAGGGAGCGCAUCUCCCGCUUCGUCCCGACCGAAGCAUGGCCGCUCAUCACGGCCGUCGGCGCCAUGAGCCUCUACGCGGCGUACCACGCCGUGCACGCGUUUGACCGCCCGGCAGGCGAGCUGCGGCUGACGCCCGCACGGUACGCCGCCGCUGCGUCGACCAACAAGGAGCCGUGGGAGGACGAGCGCGCGCUCGCUGGCAGGUGGUGA